CGGGCGCGCCUGACGGCAGCUGCAAAGCAGUUUUUCAGCAGCCGCAAGUGAGGGUCCGGCGCUGCCCCCCGAGCCGCCGAGCGACCCCGCGGCCCCGCGACCGGAGCCAAUGCUCGAUCUGGAGGUGGUGCCCGAGCGCUCUCUGGGGAACGAGCAAUGGGAGUUCACCUUAGGAAUGCCUUUGGCUCAGGCUGUAGCAAUUCUCCAGAAGCACUGUCGCAUCAUCAAAAACGUCCAGGUCCUCUACAGUGAGCAGUCCCCUCUUAGCCAUGACCUCAUCCUUAACCUGACUCAGGAUGGAAUCAAACUGCUGUUUGAUGCUUUCAAUCAGAGACUUAAGGUGAUUGAAGUUUAUGACUUGACUAAGGUGAAGUUAAAAUAUUGUGGUGUCCAUUUUAACUCUCAGGCAAUUGCUCCUACCAUAGAACAAAUUGAUCAGUCAUUUGGAGCAACACAUCCAGGAGUGUAUAACUCAGCUGAGCAGCUCUUUCACCUCAAUUUCAGAGGACUGUCAUUUUCUUUUCAGUUGGACUCCUGGACUGAAACUCCGAAGUACGAGCCCAACUUUGCCCAUGGCCUGGCCUCUCUGCAGAUUCCACAUGGUGCGACUGUGAAACGUAUGUACAUCUACAACGGAAACAGUCUGCAGGAUACCAAGGCUCCCUUGAUGCCUCUCAGCUGUUUCCUCGGGAAUGUGUACGCCGAGAACGUCGAUGUCCUGCGAGAUGGAACUGGACCCUCAGGUCUGCGGCUUCGCCUGCUCACUGCAGGCUGUGGCCCAGGAGUCCUCGCCGAUGCCAAGAUGCGGGUAUUCGAGCGCUGCGUGUUCUUCGGUGACUCGUGCCAGGACGUGCUCAGCACCUUGGGCUCUCCACACAAAGUCUUCUACAAGUCCGAAGACAAGAUGAAAAUCCAUUCGCCCUCGCCCCAUAAGCAGGUCCCAUCAAAGUGCAAUGACUACUUCUUCAAUUACUUCACCCUUGGAGUGGAUAUUCUCUUUGAUGCAAACACUCACAAGGUGAAGAAAUUUGUCCUGCAUACAAAUUAUCCUGGUCAUUACAACUUUAACAUCUACCAUCGCUGUGAAUUCAAGAUUCCCCUCGUCAUUAAGCGAGAUAGUGCUGACUCACAGACAGAAACAUGUACAACAUACAGCAAGUGGGACAGUAUUCAGGAUCUACUGGGGCACCCUGUAGAGAAGCCAGUGGUACUUCACAGGUCAUCAUCUCCGAACAACACUAACCCGUUUGGGUCAACGUUUUGCUUUGGACUGCAGCGAAUGAUCUUUGAGGUGAUGCAGAAUAAUCACAUAGCUUCUGUUACCCUGUACGGCCCCACGCGGCCCAGCAGCCAGUUGAGGACGUCGGACCUUCCCCAGUGAGCCUCCCCUGCAGAGCCAGCUAAUCUCAAUGCUACACAAUUAGUACAGCGUGCCUUGAUUUGCUGCCACUUAUAAUAUGGAAAGCACGUUAUGAUUUUUUUUUUUUGUUUUCAAUAAGCCUUUCCACCCAGGAGCGGUGUGGAGAGGGAAUUCUCUCAACCCUUCAUGGUGGGGCGUGGAACUGUUGAUGGAGGAAAGCAGCUUAGGUGCCUGUGCCGUCGUUUAUUCCUCUCCGUUGCCCUCAUCCUAUGCAGCACAGACCUGAGGAGACUGUCCCUCCUUCUCAGCUGGCAGAAGGGGGAAAGGGAAGAGGGGCACAUAAUUGACUGCAAGAGUUAGAAGCACAAACUUUCUGAGCCUUGGAGCAUCUGGAAGCAGGUGUCACUCCUGUUGAAUCCCUGUUCAAUCUGUGCUGUCUCCCGUGAUCGUUGCUUGCUAAGAAAAUUCUAUGCCUCAACCUUCCUUUUUGUUUCCUCUCUAAUUUUAAUUUCAUUUUACAUAGCCCUUCUGUAAAUUAAGUGGAAUAAUAAUGAGCAUGUACACUGAAAGAAAAAUAAAAAGAGACUCUCAGUUA